AUUUAUUGCAGAUCAAGUUCAGAAUGGAUAUUCAUUUAAUAGUUAGUAUUAGAUACUUCAAGUUAGCUACGAUUGGUUACAUCGUUCGUUUUCAUUGUGAAUUAUAAUUACUGUUCAGAAAUUGGAUAAAAAAUUAACAAAAUAUGAAUUCUCUGGAAGGAAGUGGUAACUUAAAUUUUCCGGUAAAAGUAGAAGACGGUAACAUUUUCCAAAGUGAAGAUGCUGAUUCGGCCUUUACGGUCACAAAAAUUCAAAAGUACGAACAAAUUAUUGACGAUGACAAUGAGUAUGAAAUUUCUACCGGUGCGGAAGAAAAGGAAGAAGACAACCCGCAGAAAGUCCCGUACGGGAACGAGGUUGGCUUCGCAUUUAUCGAUCCGGAAGUUCAAAUCGACGAGUACGACGGCAUGAUUGACGAACCUAACGAACAGAUUAUCCGGUACACGAGCAACGACACGCAGUGUCGCAUCUGUGCUAUGAUUUUUUCGAACCAAAAAUCUCUGCACGCUCACAUCCGCAAUCAACACCUAGCGGAACGGUGUGACUUUUGCCAGAGCGUGGCUUUAACGAAAAAACAGGAGAAAAUACACAAAAAUUCUUGUCUGCUUCGCUUUACAUGUGAAAUUUGCGGUACAAUGUUUAAACAUCUGAAAGCGCAUAACUUGCGCGUUCACACCGCCAUAGAAAGACAGUACGCCUGUACGGUAUGCCCGAAAAGGUUCCUUCGCGAUGAUCAGCUGAUGAUGCACAUGAGCACGCAUACCGGGCGAAAACCAUUUCAGUGUGACACCUGUGGUAAACGAUUUACCACCAAACACAGUUUAAGUACUCAUCAGCUGCUCCACGCCAGUAUUCCGCCAUUUGAGUGCGACGUCUGUGGAAAGCGCACGAGGUAUCGCCAUCAGAUGAAGCUUCACGCGAAAACGCACAUCAGCUCAAAUUACCAUUGCGAUAUGUGCGAAAAAAGCUUUGAUGUGAAACGAUUCUUCGAAGCACAUAAACGGUGCCACAGAAAAAGGCACGGAUCAUUCCGGUGCAAGCGGUGUGGAAAACUGUACCUGUCUGCAACGUGGCUGGCGAAACAUCAACGUUCCAGCGAACCCUGUCGCCCGAACUUGAUUGAUCUCGGUGGCAGCAUUAAGACUGAACGCGAACCAUGCUCCAACUCGGAUGAACCAUCGGAAGAGCCUGAAGAACCAUUGGACGUGGGGGAAGUAACGCGCGCUACAGCAAUUGGUACAAAGAACGACCGCAAUUGCAUCAGUUAAACAUGAAAUUUUAAUUCAAAAGUAACUAAAUUAUUCACUGGUUUUGUACAGUUCGAAUAAUUCUUCGUAAAUACAUCAGAACUUCCUAAAAAGCUCUUCGAAAUUUUCAGAAAAAAUCUUUCCUACUUGUAAGAUUUCUUCGAGUUCCUAUUUCAAAAACAAAGUAACACGUUAAAAUAUAAUGACGGAACAAAUACUUGCUACAAAGGUAGUGUUCGCAUCGAAUUCGCUCAGAACAAAAUGUUAUUUAACAUCAGAAAUGAAAAUACUAAUAUGUUAAAAAUGAACCGGAAAAAAUAAAACAACAUAACAAAAAACACUAUUAUAUUGCAUACCUAUUCCAGAUAUGAUGGAGAUGGAUAUGGAUAUAGUGAAAGAAGCAACUCAAUUUUUAGCAAAUGAAUGAUAAAAAAUUCAUCCCAAGUCAGGUUUGCGCCAGAUUUAAUCAAUCGAAAUCACACGAUCAUUUUCCCCC